AUGCUUGUUUCGUCAUCUGCAACAAAUGAUUAUCAGAUGUCAACGAUACCACCAUCCAUGACUGCCCAAUCGGUUCGUGUUCGUACACGAACAUUGAGACGAUGUGAACCAGCAUGGCCAUCACGAGAUUAUGUCCGACAAGAGAACUAUGCUCGACGAAAAGUGCAAGAACAUCAAGGUUGGGCUUGUCCACGAACAAUUCCGUACCAAGAUGUUGCACCACCGGUCCUAUCGCCGCGAUCCUCGAGACCGAUUAUUACUGAACAACCGACAAUUGUAAUAUCUGAUAAAAUAACUUCAAAAACGCAGAGUAGUGAAACUUCAUCAAAUCGACCGAAAUCAAGUUCAACUGUGCAGGAUGAUCAUUUGACGAGAUUACAAUUCGAAACAACACUUCGAGAUUUACAAUCAGCACGGCAACAGUACAUGAAAAAAUCAAGUGAUAUUUUGAGAGGUGUCAAACUAGGUCGUAGCGCAAAAGAUGUUGUCGAGAAAUUGUCUCGUAAUGAAAAUGUUCGUGUACAAAGCGUUGAAAUAAACAAACCAAUGAGUGCAGGCAGUGAUGAAAAAGAUCAAGAUGCAUUAUAUGAUCGAUUAAUCGAUGAUUUCGAUGAUGAUGAUGAUGAUGAUGACGGCGAUGGAAGUGAAAGUGGGAUUCGAGAUGAUAUCAUGUCACCAAGAACAAUGGUUAAUGCGCAUACGACUAGAACAGAUCCAACGAAUGCACGCGAUUUGCAAAAAUCUCGUUUAGAUGAAUUAUUGGAACAUCCAGUGAAACUAUGUCAUUCAGCGCCACCAUUGAAUCGGAAAAAUUUCAAAAGGGAUAUUAUACGACCGUUUACACCACAUUUCAAUCGUCUUUCAUCAAGAUUACGUCUUAAAAGUCGAAUGUCAUCUCGCUUCAAAGAUGCACUAUACCGUCAAUUAUGUUGCAUUUUAUGGUUCUUACGUGCUAUGUGUUCGAGUGAACCGAAAAAAAAGAUUAGUGGAUGCUGGAAUAUCGAUCAAUGGCAAGAGAAAUCCAAGGGUGCAUCCCGGGCAAAUGUUGAUCCGUCGGAAACUAGUUCUGAACAUCGCACUGACACAUCACAAGAUGAAACCAUGUCAUUCCGUCCACAAAUAGAUACACUCGAUGAUAGUAUGAAAAAACCACAUACACAUGAGGAUCCAAGAAUGUUCGUCUUUCCUCAGGCCAGCAUUGAUAGUCGAAGCGCAACACGAGUUUCAACUGAUAGUGACGAAAUAUUUCACUUGCCAAUCAAUUCGACUUCUUAUGAUCGUGAUUUAAAUGAAUCAGCAUCUUCAAGAAGCCAUCAUGAAGAUACGAUUCAGACCGUCAAUUUAGACAGUACCCAACCAACGGUAUAUAUACCGAGAAGUUCUGCAGCAUCAAUCAGUUUAACAGGUAAUACCAGUCGAGCAUCCUUUUCAAGUGAUGUGAGUCAACCACCUGGUGGUGGUGCCAUAGUCCGUAUACCGUCAAUCCUCGAACAACGACGUCAACCCAAUGCAUUACUUAAAAAAUGGGUUCAAAGUCAAAAAAUCACCAUCAAAACGUCGAAAAAUGCCUUACCCAUACCUCUACCUUUGGCCGACAAAGAGAUUCGUUUAUUGCGAGUGGGUGAUGCAAGUGACUUAAAUCAUAUAUUCGGUCUCGAGAAUGCGACGAGUACGAGUAGAGAACAAGUGAGAGCACGACAGAAUCGUGCAAUCGAACAAAAAUUGGUUGUAAAUUUACGCCGUCGAUCUGCGAGCAAUAUCGGUGUUUGUCAUUCAAAAGAACGUGCAGACGAAUUACAUAGUCUCAAACGAGAAUUCGAUGAGUUUACCGAAGAACAAAUGACCACUUUGAAUAAUAGACUUCAACAAAUCGAUAAAAAUCGUCUCUUCUAUUAUCAAAGCAAAUUAAAUGACAUGCAGAAACUAAUCCCACAAUGUACUUUGAGUGAAAAAUUAUUAGUACAAUUACGUUUUGACAAAAAUAAACAAAAACAAAAUGCUUUUCACCUCAGAUAUCGACCAUGGUACAUCGAUUUGAAAGAAAUGGUUGAACCAGAAUAUCAUGACAACCAGUUAAUAUUGUGUCUCUUGAAAGAGAUGAGAGAAUAUGCUGAUCCAAGUCAUACACCGACUGCGAUUCGAUUUAAGUCCAUUCUUCGAGACUUGAUGCCUCAUGAGAUAUGCCAUCCGGAUAUUAUGGCCGCGAUAGAAUUCGUUCGUGUUCACAUCGUCGAAAUGGGAAUAGAAGAUUUCGAUUCAUUUUUCCGUAAACACUUCCCACAAGCUUCGAAGUAUUUGAACAUGGAUGAAGAGACUAGCAUGAUUAACAACAACGAGAAAACCAUCUGA